CCCGCCCAUCCCGGCGCGCGUGCGCAGGGCGGGCAAUCGAUCGCCGAGCGGCGGGAGGGGCCCCGCCGCCAUCUUGCCCCGGGAGCGGCCCCGCCGCCAUGGAGCCGGGCGCGGGGGCGCGCAAGGAGCGGCCGAAGGCGCGGGAGGCGCCGGCGCGGCUGGAAAAGGCCAAGCAGAGAUCGGCACAGCAGGAGCUCAAACAGCGCCAGAGGGCGGAGAUCUACGCCCUGAACCGGGUGAUGACGGAGCUGGAGCAGCAGCAGUUUGACUCGUUCUGCAAACAGAUGCAGGGAGGGGGGGAGUGACCCCCGGCCCCCCCGACCCCUUUUGUACCCCCCUAUUUAUUCCCCCCGCUCCGUUUUGUACCAAUAAAACUCGGCUGUUCUGCCGCUCCUGCA